AUGGCUGAGUUGGAAGACGUGUCAAUGGUGGACGAAAAGAUUGAACAAGUCGAAGAAGAAGAACAAGAAUAUGACUUAGAUAAAAUCAAGCUAUUGCCCGGCUCAUCGGAUGAUGGAUCAGCUGCCUCAUUUCAAAUCAUCGAUGAAGAUCAUACUUUAGGAAAUGCCUUACGUUAUAUUAUUAUGAAGAAUCCUGAAGUUGAAUUCUGUGGAUAUUCUAUUCCUCAUCCUUCUGAAAAUAAGUUAAAUAUUAGAAUUCAAACUUAUGGUAGUAUUACUGCUGUAGAAGCAUUACAUCAAGGUUUAGACAAUUUAACAGAAUUAUGCACAGUUAUUGAAGAUAAAUUUAGUGAAAAGAUUGAAGCUGGGGGUUAUAAGACAGUCGAAACUACAAACAACAUCUAG